AUGAUCACAAAAAGGAAGCAAAAUGUACUUUUUGCUAGGCAAGAUAGUGGAAGCAAUGUUAUUAGGAAUGUUCAAAAUGUUGCUGACUUGGACAGUCAGGGAUUUCCUGGUUAUUCUGGAUUCUCAGGAGAUAUUGGGGAACCAGGAGAUUUGGGAUACCCAGGAUCAAUAGGACAUGUUGGUACUCCCGGCAGAAAGGGUGAUAUUGGAAUGGCAGGAAGAUCUGGUAGUGAUGGUAUGCCAGGUGGUCAUGGUCCUCUGGGAAUACCAGGGAUAUUCGGUGAAACAGGACAAAUAGGACCAAAGGGAGAUAGUGGGGAUCCUGGUCCAAGAGGACCACAAGGCCCACGUGGUUUUCCAGGGAUGAAAGGUGAUGCAAGACAAAGUGGAAUACCUGGAAAACCAGGAGAAAAGGGAGUGAAAGGCUUACCGGGCCCACAAGGUGAACCAGGGCCUGAUGGUGAGAAGGGUGAAACUGGAAAAAUUGGAGUUCAAGGCAAGUCAGGACCCAAGGGUGACAAAGGUGACAUGGGUGACAAAGGACAGUUUGGACGACCUGGCCCUCCAGGGGAUGUUGGAAUUGAAGGCAGACGUGGUGUGCCUGGAAUUCCUGGUCCACGAGGCUUUCCAGGGCCCAUGGGGGAGCGAGGUGAAGCAGGGCAAAGAGGGGAACCAGGAUCUGUAGGAGCGCAUGGUCCAGGAAUGCCCUUGGAACAGGUUUUUGAGUUGUGCAAAAGAGUAGUGAAUGAACAAUUAGCAAUCUACGCAUCUGCAAUCCGGCGGACAUGUGCAAGGGCAUGUCCGGCCAAUAAUGUAACACUGAUAGGGCCCCCUGGUCCUCCUGGAUUACCAGGGAAAAGAGGAGAACAAGGUGAAUUUGGUAAUGGUGGAAAUCCUGGUAAACCUGGGCCAAAGGGUAGACAAGGAUUAGCUGGAUUAAGGGGUCCUCCUGGAGAACCAGGAGAUAAAGGUGAAAAAGGUGAAAAAGGAGCUCAAGGGGUUGGACUUCCUGGAGCAGAAGGAAUACAAGGACCAAGAGGCUCUCCGGGUUACCCAGGUGUUGCUGAGGAAGGAGAACCAGGUCCACAUGGGCCAGUGGGAUACAGUGGGCCUUCAGGGCAGCCAGGAAUGCCUGGCGAGCAAGGAGUUCCUGGGAUUUGUGAAACUAGCAACUGUGCAAUCCAUGCUGCUGCUGUUCAGACCCAAUAUAGACUUCUGAAAAGACCAAAUUAUUAGCAUUCAGGCAAUUACAACAGCACAGUCUGGAAUUUUUACAAAAAUGCAAAAUAGUAAGAAUUCAUCAUGACGCUGAAAAAUAAAACAGCUAACAUUUAUUUAUAAAGCACCUACAUACCACAGUAAAAUAGUCAUCAUCAAUUUGAUAAUGAAUGGUUUGCUUACCUGUUCGUCAGGUUUAAGUGACACUAUUAAAAUUGUGCUCAAUGAUUAUUCUUCAAAUUACAUAUUUAUAAAAGUAGCUAGUCAGAUUUCUUUUCAUAACAUAUUCAGGCCUUUAUUUCUAAUUUUGCUGUCUUUUUAUUGGCAGUUUGAAAUCCCAGUUUAUUUUUCUCCAGAUAUUUUCAUCAUCCUUUUUACGGAUUUAAUAAAAGGACAUGUGGGGUCAGUUUAAUCCCAAAUUACCCAGGCAAAAUUGGAGAAAAUUAUUUUUAAUAUUGUUAACACUCAAAUUAAUUGAGCAACUUCAGAAACAAAGAGUCAAAAUCAAUGUCAACCCAUAAUUAUUUAUACCAUUCAUGGUACCACUUUUAGAGGGUUUUGUUAUCACACUCGCACUUAAACAUAUAGACCAAUAGUUCCCAAAAUGUUUUGUUCAUAUACCCCUAUACAGAUUAAUCAUUCAUUUGGAAGCCCCUACAAUCAGUUUUCAAGUAACCUUCUAAUGAAACAUGUUUUGUAAAUCAUUUAAGUUACACGUUAAGGUAAACAUAUCUACAGUAUUUCUUUAAACUUACCAUGAACAUGAUGGAUGAGAUUGUUUCCUUGAGCAUAAGUAUUUGAAAUUGAGAGUGCAUCAAUGACCAACACAACCCCGUCCCAUCAAAGAAGCAGCCAUAGCUCCUCUUUUCAACCAUAAUCCACUUGUCUCAGUCAGCCCUCUUCCCAAUAUCUCUCCCCUCAUUCUAAUGACAACACCUUCCGUAAAUCAUUUCAAUUACAUGUUAUAGGUAAAUAAUGUCUACAAUGAUAUUUUUGAUUGAAAUUUAAUGUGAUUAUGAACUUGUUUAUUAUAUCCUAAGCAUUUGAAAUGGAACUGACCCUCUCCCAGUCAGCAACCUUAUUUCUCAAACUCUAUCUAGCCCUAUUCUCAUCUGCUCAGACGUCCCCCUCCCCAAAUACGCCCUCCUCUCACUCACUUAGCAUCCCUGUCUUCUUGAACCCAGUCUACAUCCUUCUCACUCAGCAGCCUCCCAUUUCAAACCUCCUACGGCCACUCACUCUUUUGUACCUUUGUGAGAUGGCUCCAUGAGGAUGACAACCCUGGCCAGGCAGGCUAUUUCCGACCAGCAGUCUGCUGAGCUGCAGGUUACAUAGCUAGCUCUCCUAUGCAGACAGUAUUUUGGUCAGCAGCUGCUGCCCUCACAUCACCCUUGUACUGGGGCCUACAUGCUGCCACUCCCUUUCCUGAUGUUUGCUGCUCUUCCAAUCACAGCUUGUUUCUGUCCAGUGCUUGCUGCUAAUAGACUCAACAAUAUCUCUCCAGCAUGCCUAACCAACUGGAAUUAGAAAAGCAGUGGGAGUGUGAACGGCAGGGCAUGAGUCUGACCACCAGAGACUCUUGUGUUUAAGAAUUCCUGGAUGAUGGAGAUUGCAAGACCAAGAUCAAAAAAAUGCUCUUAUCCUUGAAUAUCUGCCAUGACACAACUUAAAAACAAAAAAAAGCCCUUGCAGACAUCUGUCUCUGGGGUACAUAUUCCUUACUUUGGGAACCGCUGCCCUAGAUAGUCAUUUUUAAAUAAAAAGAAAUUUAAAGAAACUCUAGUUACUGUUGUAGAUUUUGCCAGUUAUCUGCCACUGAUACAUCAA